AUGCCAACUAAUGGAACACAAAAUAAUAAUAGAUGGUCCAAUAAAGAGUACUCGGCAAUGAAUUACAGUACAACAAUUGAUUAUCAAAAUUAUCGUAUCGUUUGUAUAGGUUCUCCUUCCAUUGUUUGUCAAUACUGUUCGGCACUGAGAUGGAAAGAUGAGUCAAAAGGUUUAUGUUGUUCAAAUGGUAAGGUAAAAUUAGAUGAAAUAGGUGCUCCACCUGAACCUUUAAAUUCUCUACUUGAUGAAAGUCAUCCAAAGCACACAGAAUUUAUGCGUCAUAUUCGGCGGUAUAAUAAUGCGUUCCAGAUGACUUCAUUCAAAAGUCAACGAGUAGUUGAAAACGGCUUCAUGCCAACAUUUAAAGUCCAGGGCCAGGUUUACCACCUUGCAGGUAGUCUUCUUCCACAAGUUCCUGACGACCAUAAGUUUUUGCAGAUAUAUUUUAUUUCCGAUCCUGAAGUUCAAGCAACGACUCGAUGUAAUAUUAGUAAUAGUAAUUCAAGAACACCACUUGAUAACUCUAUAGUCAGGUCAUUGCAAAACAUGUUGCAUUUGCAUAAUAGAUACGUACAAUCUUUUAAAACUGCAAUGGAAAGUAUCUCUCUCGAUGUCCCAGAUUACAAUGUAGUAAUUCAUGCCAGCAGGGUACCUGACGGUGAACACCGUGGACGGUAUAAUGCUCCUUCUACCAGUGAAGUAGCAGUUGUCAUUGCUGGACAACAAUUUGACAAAAGGGAUAUCGUUCUUCGAAGCCGCGACGAAAAUCUCCACAAAAUUUCCGAACUACAUCGUUCAUAUGACAGUCUUCAAUAUCCAUUGAUGUUUUGUCGAGGUGAAGACGGAUACACAAUUGAUAUUCCCCAAGUUAAUCCUUCUACAGGAGACAGAGUACAGAAGAAAGUUUCAUGUAUGAAUUAUUAUUGCUAUCGUUUAAUGGAACGCCAUAAUCAUUAUAAUGUUUUACUAAGGUACGGAAUGUUACUGAAUCAAUAUGUUGUAGAUCAGUAUGCUAAACUAGAAUCAGAACAUUUAGCUUUUAUACGAAAUAACCAAACACAAUUACGCGCAGAAAAUUAUAUACACUUACAGGAUGCUUUACAUUCUAAUGAACACACGACAAACAAUAUUGGGCAGCUGGUAAUAUUACCGUCAUCUUUUACUGGCGGACCAAGAUACUUACACGAAAAAACUCAAGAUGCCAUGACCUAUGUCAGGAAUUACGGGAAACCUGACCUCUUCAUUACUAUGACCUGUAAUCCUAAUUGGAAAGAAAUAAAAGAUAAUCUGCAUUCCACCGCAACACCUCAAGACCGAUAUGACAUUUUAAAUCAAUUACCAGACCAAGACGAAGACCCAACAUUGUAUGACAUCGUGGUAAGGAACAUGAUUCACGGACCCUGUGGAGCUUUAAACCAUAACUCGCCAUGCAUGCAUGAGGGAAAAUGUUCAAAAAAAUUCCCAAAACCAUAUCAGAGUCAAACUUCAACUGGUGAUGAUGGCUAUCCAAAGUAUAGAAGAUUAUCACCAGAGGAAGGAGGACGCAAGGCUGCUAUUCGAAGUGACCAGGCUACGUUUAGUUUACAUUCUACAAAUGAAGUAGAACAAUUUCAAUCUGGCCGCUACAUUUGUAGUUCUGAAGCACUAUGGCGGAUUAUGUCCUUCAAUAUUCAUGAAAGAGCACCGACUGUCACACACCUCGCUGUUCAUUUAGAAAACGGACAGCGGGUGUAUUUCACUGAAAAUAAUGUAAAUGACAUUGUGAAUAAUCCAAGAGAUACUACUUUAACAGCGUUUUUCAAACUAUGUGCAGAGGACGACUUCGCAAAAACUCUGACCUACGACAAGGUGCCUGCCUAUUAUACCUGGAAUCAAAAUACGAAAAAAUUCCAACGACGAAAGCAGGGGGCGGUAGUUCUCGGGUACCCUGGCGUGAGAAAAACAGAUGCUCUUGGAAGGGUGUACGUGGUACACCCUAAUAAUGCAGAAUGUUUUCAUUUGCGGUUGUUACUCCACGUUAUAAAAGGCCCUACUUCGUUUAGAAGUCUCCGCACUUUUGAAGGUGUAACUUACGACACAUUCCAAGGGGCUUGCAAAGCUAUGGGCCUCCUCGAAGAUGACAGUCACUGGGAGAGUACGCUCUCUGAAGCAGCCAUAUGCUGUUCACCAAAAUCACUUAGGUGCCUUUUUGCCAUUAUGAUAUCGUUCUGCCAAAUCACGGACCCGCAUCUUCUUUGGCAAAACUAUCAGGAAAGUAUGUCCGAAGAUAUACUGCAACGCAGACGACAAGAACUGUCAUCAGAUGAUUUAGAGUACGACCAAAAUAUUUUUGAUGAAGCUUUAAAUGAAUUAAAUAAAGAGGUCGAAUCUCUAUCAGUAAAAGUAUAA